ACCACACAAAAUGCAAAAUAAUAUCAGUACUAAAGAGAUCAUCCCAGUUUAGUACAGAAUACCCCCCUAAAGGAAAAACAUUAAUAGCAUUUGGUCCUCCGUUCACGUCUAGAGACAAAUAUAAAAUAAGACACAAAAGGAUAGAAAGAGACACAACACACAAAUCUAAAAGAAAUGGCAAACAGUGGUGAAGGUAAAGUGGUGUGUGUAACAGGAGCUUCUGGUUACAUCGCUUCUUGGCUCGUCAAGUUCCUUCUUAGCCGUGGCUACACCGUUAAGGCAUCUGUCCGAGACCCCAGUGAUCCGAAAAAGACACAACACUUGGUUUCCUUGGAAGGUGCAAAGGAAAGACUUCACUUGUUCAAAGCAGAUCUUUUGGAAGAAGGAUCUUUCGAUUCAGCUAUUGAUGGAUGCGAAGGUGUUUUCCACACUGCCUCCCCGUUUUAUCAUGAUGUCAAAGACCCUCAGGUUGAACUUAUUGAUCCUGCUGUCAAGGGAACACUUAACGUUUUGAACUCGUGCUCCAAAGCAUCUUCUGUUAAAAGGGUUGUUGUUACCUCCUCCAUGGCAGCUGUUGGUUACAAUGGUAAACCACGCACACCUGAUGUAACCAUUGAUGAAACUUGGUUCUCGGAUCCAGAGGUUUGCAAAACUUCAAAGAUGUGGUAUGUUCUCUCCAAGACCUUGGCGGAAGAUGCUGCAUGGAAAUUCGCUAAAGAGAAAGGCUUAGAUAUUGUUACCAUCAACCCAGCAAUGGUGAUUGGUCCUCUCCUGCAGCCAACUCUGAACACUAGUGCUGCUGCUAUACUAAACUUUAUAAAUGGUGCAAAGACAUUCUCCAACUCAACUUUCGGAUGGGUUAAUGUCAAGGAUGUAGCUAAUGCGCACAUCCAAGCAUAUGAGGUCCCUUCAGCUAGUGGACGUUAUUGUAUGGUCGAGAGAGUCGUUCACCACUCUGAGAUUGUGAACACUCUGCGUCAGCUUUACCCAAAUCUCCAACUCCCUGAAAGGUGUGCGGAUGAGAAUCCGUAUGUGCCAACGUAUCAAGUGUCCAAGGAGAAAAUAAAAAGCCUUGGCAUAGACUACAUACCCUUGGAAGUUAGCAUCAAGGAGACUGUUGAGUCCUUGAAGGAGAGAGGUUUCAUAAACUUCUGAGAAAGCAUUUGAGCCAACCAGAUUCAGACAUCGUACUUGCAUUGUUCUUUUAUGGGGAAAGAUUAGUAUGCUGUCAUCCUACUUUGUUGUUGGUUCCUUCAAAACACAUAAUAAAUUAUGCAAUAAACCAGUGUAAUCUCGUGACACUUAUUUCAAUUUAUGACAGUAGCUCUU